CUCAUUGAAGUCAAUGGGACUACUAGUAACCUAAGGUGCUGAUAUACAGAAUAAAGGGAUGGGAAUCUGACCCUGAGAAGCUGUCAUUGCAGACUCCUGGAUGCUUCUUUAACAACUGUACAAGAUCAGUGUUUUUCUUUUUUUGUGUGUCCGUUUGGUAGGAGUCAACUCAACCCCCCCGAAGGUUUUACUUUUUCAGCUUCUUUUGCAUUUUUCUCUUUGUCUCAUGACUUAGCAACAAUGAAAUGCAAACUGUUAGCACUCAUGGAUCCUUCAGCCCUCUUCAGGAAACACAGUCAUCAGUAUAACCACUGAAGAAAGGUUUCUUGGAGCAGGAUGGGAAUCUGCAUACUAGUUAGUCUCCUUUCCCUGCCUUGCUUCAGAAUCCUGAAGACUUGGAGACCAGUUUUACAAAGAAGCCAUCGAGCACUGCCGCAGCUACAACUCUCGGCUGUGCGCUGAGCGCAGCGUCCGCCUCCCCUUCCUAGAUUCGCAGACUGGGGUAGCUCAGAACAACUGCUACAUCUGGAUGGAGAAGAGGCAUCGGGGACCAGGACUGGCCCCAGGUCAGCUGUACACAUAUCCUGCUCGCUGCUGGCGCAAAAAGAGACGCUUACAUCCUCCUGAGGACUCCAGGCUGAAGCUUCUGGAAAUUAAACCUGAAGUUGAUCUGCCUUUGAAGAAGGAUGGGUUCACAUCAGAGGGAACCACACUGGAAGCCUUGCUGCGCGGGGAAGGAAUUGAGAAAAAAGUGGAUACUAAAGAGGAAGACACUAUACAGGAAAUCCAGAGAGUUUUGGAAAAUGAUGAAAAUGCUGAUGAAGUGAAUGAGGAAGAGGAAUUAGAAGAAGAUAUUCCAAAACGAAAGAACAGGCCCAGAGGACGGGCUCGGGGAUCUGGAGGUGGCAGGAGAAGGAACGAUGCUGCCUCCCAGGAUGACCAUGACAAACCUUACGUUUGUGACAUCUGUGGCAAACGUUAUAAGAACAGACCUGGACUGAGCUACCAUUAUGCUCACACUCACCUAGCCAGCGAAGAGGGGGAUGAAGCCCAAGAGCAGGAGACACGCUCCCCACCCGUCCACAGAAACGAGAACCACAAACCCCAAAAAGGACCAGACGGGGCUAUCAUUCCCAACAACUACUGUGACUUCUGCCUUGGAGGCUCCAGUAUGAACAAAAAAAGUGGCUGUCCAGAGGAGCUUGUGUCAUGCUCAGACUGUGGACGCUCGGGACACCCUACCUGCCUGCAAUUCACCACAAACAUGACGGAGGCUGUAAAAACCUAUAAGUGGCAAUGCAUUGAGUGCAAAUCCUGCAGCCUUUGCGGGACCUCUGAAAAUGAUGACCAGCUGCUCUUCUGUGACGACUGCGACCGUGGCUAUCACAUGUAUUGCUUAAACCCACCAGUGUCCGAGCCUCCAGAAGGGAGCUGGAGUUGUCAUUUGUGCCGAGAACUACUCAGAGAGAGAGCAUCAGCUUUUGGCUUUCAAGCCUGAGGAGCUCCAGGGAUCAAGAUGCAAUUUGCUUCUGGAGUUGUGGUACCAGCACACAGUUCCCAUCCAGAACACAAAGACACACACAUGCGCGCACACACACACAUCGAAGAGAAUGGACACUCAAGUAUAAGAAGAGAUAACAAUGGUAUUUAUUGUCAAAGAGUAGAUUUCACUAAUAUAGUACCUCCUGGGUUCUACUAGAAGAAACAUGUUCUCCUUUUAAUGCUCCAAAUGGAAUCUUUUCACUGCUGUGCAUGGUUGAUGCUGUAUUGUAAUAGGCUCACAUGCAUUAUGUUAAGGGGGAAAUUGUUAUACUGAUACCGAGGAGUCGAUUUUGUGUGGCCUUGUGCUUUUUUGUUUGGUCUUCUUUGUAAACAAAGAAAUAGCAACAUAGUUCCCAAAGCACUACUGAUGAGAUGCUUUGGUUGGGAUGUUGGGAGCUGUUACUCCUCACAGGCUUGGCUGAAAACCGCUUUACUGCAACACUGUGUAGUUCUAGAGAGGCUUUGAAGGUUGUGGUAGCUCCGUUCUUCCUGAGUUGUGAAUAACACGAGCAUAUUGCCACUGAGACAGGAACUGAUCUAAAAUUCCUUGGGUGACCGUUUCUUUGCUGAAUCAUCAAACCCUUUGCUUUUUACUGAUAUUAGAAAUUUGAUUUUAGUGUAAAUGAAAGAAGAAUAGAAUAUAUAUAGACUCAGAGGCACCUACUCCACCCCUCUCCAGUUUCUUUUAAUGUUCAGGGAGACCAUCUUAAAGUGGCGCUGUUAUUAAGAUCAGAUCCAAAAGGCUGUUUUUUAUUUAUAAAGAGGUGAGGAGUAAUGGUUUACAGAACCUGAAAAGAAAGAUUGUCAUGGUGGUUUUUAAAUUUAAAUAAAAAUAGCUUUCCUUUAUUUAAACAGUCCCCUGAUGUGUAGCACACCCAAACAAAAUAGCACUGAGCUCAUGUAUCAGAACCAGGAAGCAUCACUGUAAUUCACUGUAUUGUCACUGUCCAAACUAAGUGAAAUAGAGAAAAGUGAACAACAACAAAACAAAAGCAUCAAUGGAGAAUAAGUAUUUUUUAAACAAUCUUCUCCAUUUCAGUAAUCUAAGGGGUCAAACAUGUAAGGACUAUUUUUUAAAAAUAUGAUUUUUAAAGUUGCAAAUAUGCUACUCCUGAUUCUAUCAAGUAUACAAGAAUUGUCCUACAGUAUCUUGGGUGUGACAUAUAAAAUCUGUUUAUAAAACAGGUUUAAAAGCUUGCAUGAGAGGAGGAAUGUAAUAUAGGUUGAUGAAUCCCAAGUAGCAUGAGUGGCUCAGGAUGCCUAUGCAAGGUGGUAAGGACACUAAGAUUGCAUUUGGGAUAUACAUAUUAAUUGAAGCCCCUCUGCAAAAUUAUUCACCCUGAGGAUUUAAAUUGACAUUGUCAAAAUAAAUGUAAUUUAGUUUAAAAAAGGUCCUUCCCUGUGUUACUAAUAACACCUCAGACUGUUAAACUUAAAUGAAUUGUAAAAAUUUACUUUACUUUACUUUUAAUUUUUUAUGUGGUUUGUUUAGCUUUUUCACUUCUUUCAGCUUGGACACAGAAACCAGUCUGGUCAGUUUCUCAAUCUUGUUCUCGUGGACUCACACAUAGUGCAGUUGUGUGUGAGUUCACAAAACUGCCCUAGAAUUGUUUCAAUCCCACAAAAACUGUUUUCUUUACAUUCCAAGGUGGUACCUGAGCACUUUAUUUCUAGCCCUAUUGCACCAAAUCUACCCCUCAUGCAGCUCUGUUGUCUUCCCCUGGGAUUAAUUUAAACCAUUAGUAGGGGACAAUGCCCAAAUGUAGCGUCCCAAAACUACGAGAUAGUGUCAGUUGAAAAGUGUGCAAAAAUCGUCUUUCUGACACACAUUGGGAGGGGAAGAUAGGAGCUUAAAUCUCUACUACAGGCCUACCUUAUACAAUCCUAGACCAUCAAAUAGCAUUUGUGUCCACACAGCUACAAUAAGAUGAUUUACAUACUAUUUAAACAAAACCAUUUAAAAACUUUAAAUGACCAACUUUCUUUCAGCCUCAUUGGGCAGCAUGCUGAAGCACUUCAAACUAUUCAUCCCCAUUGUCUCAUCCAAAUCUCUGAGCGGCCGUCACCUUUCUUUUCAGCUCCCUCCUGUCUGUUAGAAUCCCCCUAGGAAGAGCUAAUGGAGUCUGUCACAUUUCUCCAAUGCUCCCAUGCACGUGGUCUUCUUAGUUUCCCUUGGCGGAUGUGCUGGAUCCAUAACUAGAGACUGAGUCGGAUACAAGAUGCUAGAGGUGCCCACACCUUUUGGUACAGAAAACUGCACUGGCAGCUUGCCAGGCGCUGGAUGGCCACAGCUUAUUUGCACACACAUUUGCAUACAUUAGUUAAUCAAAAUAAAUUGCCAUGACUUUCAUAUUUGCUGCCUGUUGCAGUUAAACCCUCAUGAAAAUUUUCAAGUGUUUAGCUGUGUCAUCUCCACCUUGCACGUCCAGGGAGACAGCAGCAGCAGCAACCCACAUCCUAGGAUUCCAGGAGCCUCAGUUGGCCUAUCAGCUGUACCUUGUGUUCCUCUACUCAAAGCAUUAACAAGAACUGAUUGUGUUAGAGCCUCUGUAUUCCAUAUCCAAUCUACCAAGGCAGAGUUAGUUGCUACAGUCCAGAAUGCACAUGUAUGAGUUCAGAUUAAUAGUAACUUUCUUGUCAUGGUCCAGUUACACUUCAUUCAUUCAGGCUUUACUCUCGCAUAUCUACAUGCACAGACAGUUCCAGUUAACUUCUAGCAGCCUGAUAAAUCCAAAGCUUUCACCUCUCUGACAUUAAGAUGCUCCUGCGACUUAUAUCUCCCCGCUUCACAGCCUUAUUCUUAGGCAAUAGGCAGGUACAUUCCACUCAGUAAUAAUUCUUAGCAUGUACAUAGGGCUGGACAACUUCAAAGUGUUUAAAACAUUCAUUAUUUAAUCUACACAAUACCCAUUAUGUAAAUAGUGCUGUACCCAUUUUACAGAGACACAGAAAAAUUAUACCAUGUCUUGCUCAUAGUCAUACAGUGAAAAAGUGGAUUCACAGUCAGCUUUUUUAACCAUCGGACACAUUUCCUUAUGCUACUCCUUUGCUGUACACUUAUUUAAAGGAACAAUCCACAAUAAGGCAAUUUUCGAAACCCAGCAUAAUCAUGACAUUCUCACAGGCGAACUAGGGAAAUGUGGUCUAGAGUAAAUUACUUUAAAGUGGGUGCACAAUUGGUUGAAAGACAGUAAUCAAAGAGUAGUUAUCAAUGUUCACUGUCAAACUGGGGGUGGGGGUGGGGGGUGGGGUGGUAUAUCUGGUGGUGUUCUGUCCUGAGUCUGGUACUAGUCAAUAUUUUCAUUAAUGUCUGAGAUAAUGGAGUGGAGAGUAUGCUUGUAAAAUCUCUGGAUGACACCAAGAUGGGAGGGGUUGCAAGCACUUUGGAGGACAGGAUUAAAAUUCAAAAUGACCUUGACAAAUUAAAGAAUUGGACUGAAAUCAACAAGAGGAAAUUCAAUUAAGACAAGUGCAAAGUGCUUCACUUAUGAAGGAAAAAUCAAAUGCACAACUACAAAGUGGGGAAUAACUGGCGAGGUGGAAGUACUGCUGAAAAGGAUCUGGGGGUUAUAGUGGAUAACAAAUUAAAUAUGAGUCAAUGUGAUGUAGUUGCUAAGAAGGUUAAUAUCAUUCUGAGAUGUAUUGACAGGAGCCUUGUAUGAAAGACACAGGAGGUAAUUGUCCUGCUCUACUCAGCAAUGGUGAGAUUUCAGCUGGAGUAUUGUGUCCAGUGCUGGGCGCCACAGUUUAGGAAUGAUGUUGAAAAAUUGGAGAGAGUUCAGAGGAGAGCAACAAAAAUGAUAAAACGUUUAGAAAACCUGUGAGGAAAGGUUAAAAAAACAACUGGGCAUGUUUAGUCUUCAAAAAAGAAUAAGAGUCGUCAACUAUGUUAAGGGCUGUUAUAAAGAGGACAGUGAUCAAUUGUUCUCCAUGUCCACUGAAUAUAGGAAAAGAAGUAAUGGGCUUGAUCUGUAGAAAGGCAGAUUUAGGUUAGAUAUUAGGAAAACCUUUCUAAUCACACAAGCAUUUAAGCUGUGGAAGAGGUUCCAAGGGAGUGGGGUGGAAUCCUCAUCACUAGAAGUUUCUAAGAAUAGGUUAGACAAACACCUGUCAGGGAUGGUCUGGUUUUACUUGGUCCUGCGUCAGCGCAGGGGGCUGGACCUGUUGAGGUCUCAUCCAGCUUUACACUUCUGUGGUUUGAUGAUUCUAAGCUCUAGUGUAAGGGAAAAACAUUCUGGGGACUCUGUUGUCAUGCUUCCCUCUCUUUUUUUCAUGGCAGGAAGUAACAUUGAAUAAAUGUCCAUUCAAAGUUGAA